GAGUUUGUCCUGUCCACAAGUUCAUUGUCAAGUCCCUCCAUCUACAAUGGACGCUUCCGUGGUCUAUGCUGACUUAAACCUAGCCAGGACCCGAGAGCCUAAGCAUGCAUCGCCUCCAUCUCUUCCUCCAGAUACCUGUCGGUGCCCGCGCUGGCAUCGGUUGGCUCUGAAACUCGGCUGUGUUGGGCUGAUCCUUCUUGUCCUGGGCAUGAUUGGACUUGGUGUCUUAGUGCUAUCCUUAUUACAAAAAACAUCAGUAGGAGUAAUCGGAGGAGAGAUCGGAGAAGGCAUCAUCGGGGAUAAUCAAGAGAACAAUGGGACAAAAACAACAGAGAGCCCAGCUAAAUUAAGCUGCACAAAAGGCUGGCUUCCACACCGAGAUAAAUGCAUACAUUUUUCUCAAGAGAGCAACAUUUGGAAGGAAGGUCUAGCUGACUGUGCUACAAAAGGAGCCACUUUACUGCUCAUUCAAGACCAUGAGGAACUGAGACUCGUAAAGGACUCAGCAAAUGUAAAAGGCAGUGCAUUUUGGAUUGGACUGAAUCACACAUGGCCAGACAAGAACUGGAGGUGGAUAAACGGCUCAACUUUAAGUUCUGAUGUACUACAAAUCACUGGUGAAGCUAAAAAAGACAGCUGUGCCUCCAUCUCAAAGGACAGAGUGAUUUCUGAGGACUGUGCUUCAGACAACAUGUGGAUCUGCCAAAAGAAACCAACACUCGUCCCUGAGACCCUGUGUCCUGACUCCUGACUGAGAAUCCCAUCUUCAUCACUUUACUGUCCACACCAGAUCUCUGCACUCGACCUGUCUGGGCCGUUGACCACCCCUCCCCUCAGUGCACAGUUAGUAGCACAAAGCAUGGACUCUACAGCCUCUGUGACUCCCACAGAUGCCCGUGUCCAGUUUCUUUAUUCUGUGAGGGGACAGAGAUGCUGAUGUGCCCUUCUCAGAGAGGUGUUCUGUGGAAAGAAGCCCAGGCAGCUGAGAGGCGCUGGAUUCUUUCCUGGAGUCUGUGUGACCUUGGCUGGUCUCUGUGCAUUCGGAAAACUGCGAGUCCUCACCUCUCCAUCCCUCCACUCCCCAGCCUCACCCACAAGCCGUCACUCUGCUGGGCUGGAGAACCUUGACUGACACCAGAAGCGCGUGGUAAAUGGAUUUGGGGAAAGGACUGAGUGGUUUGAAUAGCACCUACAAAAUCCUAGGUAAACUGAGCCCUGGUCGUGUCUCCACCAGGACUUGAUGCACGGGCAGAUCCUGGGCCAACAGUGGCAUCUUGGUGCUGGGCUUCACAGCUCCAGAACAGCAGAGAUGACCUUCUUUCUGGAAAGUUUCCUGUGUAAGCCACAGGAAAGUAAGCCAAGGCAAGGCUUAACUCUUCCCACCAAUCCACUAGUCCUUUCUGCUCUAGUGUGCGCGUCAUUUCUUCUCCUCACACUUGGAGAAUUUAAAUAAAAAAGAUCUUUAGCAUGUCCUCUUUUCUAAAAAUUUGCCAAAUUUUCCAAGAAAAUGAAGGAGUAAGAAUACUGAAUUUAUUUUACAAGGAGAUAUAAAAUGAAAAGUAGACAUCUAUAUACUCUAAUCACUUAAUUUCAAGUCGAAUUAUUUAAAUUGAAGCACAUAUUAUCAUGAUUCAAAUAAAUUCUCAGUUCCUAUUUUCCAGAAAUAAAGUUUGAAUACUUAAUGAUAAUAAUUUCCAAUGUACAAACACUGAAAGAACAACUCAUUUUGUGAAAAUGCUUAGAAAACAAACUACUUAGGAAAACCUCUCGGAGAAAAUCAGCACUGUAAAUCAUUACCAACAGUGAAGUCUGCAACUGUUCCGAGCAUGCAGCUAAGCAGAUAGGAGCAGGAGGGAGGCAGGGUCAUGCACACCCACCUUUUUCUAGUUUGGUACAUCCUGACCAGGGAGGGAGUCAAGGGGACUAUGGCUGUGACCUGGUUGCUGUGUCUCCUGAUGCUGCAGUGGUCCUUUGUGUCUCCUGAUGCUGCAGUGGUCCUUUGUGUCUCCUGAUGCUGCAGUGGUCCUUUGUGGCUAGACACCCUUGAAGCUGCUUUUGAGCUCCUCCUGCCAUGUAAGAAAUUAAGGCACCAGGGGACUUUCCCAAUGACCACAAAUGCCACCAAUGAGCAGGGAAGGAAAAAAUGUGGGGGCAUCUUGGCCCUGAAACAAUUUCAGCAGAGUAAGAUAAAUGAAGCUGGCUCCCAAAGGGAGGAACUUGACAUUGACACAAGAGAGAGGGGACCACAGGAAACCUUUUAAAAAUCCGCCAUGCAGAGCCCAAUGGGCUGCCAGCCCUUCAGUGCUUCCUGCUCCAAUAUCAUUCUGGAGUUUGUUAUUGCCUGGAGUGCCUUUGACUUGCUAAAUAAACUUCAGCUCAAACUGU